GAAUAAUUGAAAAAGAAGAAUAAAAUUUUGAAUAAAGAAAUAUUUCCUCAGAAAUUUUUGUUCUGGCACAACAAAAUUGGUCACGCACCUACCAUGGCCCAAAAUUUCAAGUAAACCACAAAAACAGAAAAAUUUAAAGUAAAUAUCCCGGCUAUACACUACAAUAAUAACAGAAAACCUUCGUAAAACAUGGCUCUGGUACUGAGAAAGGCGGUUUUGCCCAGAAAUGUCUCUCUGUUUAAAUGUAUGAAGGGACGGCCGGUCGCCACCGCGGCCAACAAAAAGAACCCUGCACCUUUGUCGAAUCUGACCACCAGAAGAAAUUGGAAAGAGCAACUCUACAGGCUAUAUCGCGACAUGCCGUCCAUGAAAAUCAAGGAGGUGGAACAGAUGAAGCCCGCGGAGGCACCGAAGGAGCGCGAGUUACCGCGCAAGAGCGUAUCCUGUCCGUGUUUAAGGAGCGGCGUGGCCGAGGAAGCGGAAUCGAGGCCACAACUUCCGAGGACUCGUUCCGCCGUUUUCCAUUCCGAGCAUUCUCAUUGUGCGGGUAGUCAUGGAGGUGUACACGUUUCCAUGCAUCCCUCCUUCCGAUACCACUUUGUACCAUUACAUUCGCUUUAUAAUGAUACCCAAAGUCAAGAAAAAGAAUCGGCAGAGGUUCGUGGCACGCUGGAUGCUAUCAGGCAGCUGUGCGGGGUGUGCGGGUGCCCAUCACCCUGCGGCUGUUCUCUGCCGCCUCCCUGCAAUACUCCCCCUCGCUGCAUACAGUACAUGACCGGUUAUUACUAUUAUCCUUACGGGUUCUGGUUUUGUGGUCCCUAUCAUGUUUGCACUGGCCCGGUGCCUGUCCCUGGUCCCUGCCAACCAGGUGGUCCGUGCGGUCCCAGCGCGCCCUGUCCCGGCGGGUCUUGUAGCCCUUUUACCUGCUGCGUAUUUAGCGAACCGUCUCUAUCGUGCGCUCCAAGUGGCGACCUCUUAAGCCCGUUAUCCAAAGUUUGCGCCCCCCUCAGUAUGACAUGUGGCCCUUGCUGUGGACCUUGCAGGCCGUGUAGACUGUGCGGGCCGUGCGGACCAUGUAGAUGUGGUCCUUGUGGUCGAUGUGGACCAUGCGGACCAUGUAGAGGUGGUCCGUGUGGUCCAUGUGGCAUCUUUAAAUGUUGUGGUCCAUGUGGUUCAUGCGGAAUGUGUGGACCAUGCAAAUUCUGUGGACCUUGUGGACCCUGUGGCCCAUGUGGCCCCUGUGGUCCAUGUGGCCCAUGCGGUGGUUGUGGCCCUUGUGGUCCUUGUGGUUCAUGCGGUCCGUGCGGUCCAUGUGGACCGUGUGGUCCAUGUGGACCGUGUGGUCCAUGUGGACCCUGUGGUCCAUGUGGUCCAUGCGGUCCGUGUGGUUCAUGUGGGCCAUGUGGACCAUGUGGACCUUGUGGUCCAUGUGGUCCUUGUGGCUCAUGUGGACCAUGUGGACCUUGUGGUCCAUGUGGUCCUUGCGGACCGCUAUUCGGUUGUGGACCAUGCGGUGGAUGUGGCCCUUGCGGUGGCUGCGGCCCUUGCAGUCCUUGGUGUGGACCAUGUUUUAACUGCUCGUGUGGGCCUCUUCCUGUUAGCAGUCCGUUGAACUCCGUUAGCCCUUGUGGCCCAAUCGGUCCAAUCGGUCCCGCCGGUCCCGCCGGUCCCGCCGGUCCCGCCGGUCCCCUGGGCUUGUGUCCGAAAUGCGUCUUCUCUCCGUUCACCGCAGCCCCGUCCGAGUCCGCAGAUAACCCUUGCAUGUGUCCGGUCUGUAAUGGGUACAAACCUACUAUAACCCAAUCUCCUGACCAGACUGAAUGUCCUGAAAUAUUGACCCCUAAGCCUCUGCCCAGGGCCACCUCACAGAAAGAAAUGAACCCGAAUAUAAUCAGAGCAUAUCCAUUCAAUAAAACGAAGCCUACGCUACAUCAACGCAUGAUGUCACCAGUUAGCUCCGCGUGGGUACAUUAUUACACGAGUUGUGAGAGUUAUAAGCCCUCAGCUGAUAGUCAGAGGACGCCAGAAAUACAGGAAACUGCUGAGACUACGAAUGCUCUAAACUAUUGAAUUGCCAAUGAAACCCCAAGAAUAUAGAGAAUAUUCCCAAUGGAACGUUCCUGUAAACGGCAGGAAUAAGAAAAUUCGCUCGUUGGUAAUAACUAAAACUUAAGUUUAUAAAAAUUAUGAAAUGGAAUAAAAAUAGUAAACGAAGUAUGCAA